AUGGAGAACGUGACAGCCUCGACGCACCGCUUGUCGACCAUCACCGGCGUCCACCUGUUCAAGAUCGCCGGGCACUCCCUAAUCAAAAGGGACGAUAUCAUGAUCGAGUCCAACCUGUUCCGUGUGGGAGGGCACAACUGGGCGAUCCAGUACUACCCCUACGGCAGCAAGGAAGCCGCCAGACAGCAUACCUCGGUGUUCCUCUACUUGAAAGACGCCAGCGAGGUCAGGGCCAACUUCUCGUUCUGCCUCCAAGACCCCGCGCUGCCGUCGACGGGGGAGAAGCUCAAACGCAACUGCGCCACGCAUGACUUCAAGCCAUGUUCGGGAUGGGGUUUCGCCAAGUUCAUAAGUAUAAAUGACCUGGCCGCCUCCGGCUGCCUCAAGGACGAUUGCCUCGUGAUAAAGUGCAACAUCGAGGUCAUUACCGCCGAUCGAUUUGAUGGCCUGGGACAAGUCCCCACCAUCGUCAUCCCACCCUCCGAACUGUGCCUGAAUAUCGGGGACCUCCUUGAGAACGGCCUGAAAGCAGACUUGACCGUCAAGAUCGGCUGGUUCAGGAGGUUCAAGGUGCACGGAUGCGUGCUGGCCGCGCGGUCGUCGGUCUUCCGUGCGCAGCUGUGCGGCUCCAUGAUGGAGAGCAGGCGAAGCAGUAUCAGCAUCAAGGACAUUUUUGAAGCCCUGUUGUAUUACAUGUACAAGGACUCACUGCCGGCGUUCAUGGAUGACCGCACCCAAGAGGCUGCAAACAUGACGGUGCAUUUGCUCGUCGCGGCUGAUCGCUACGCCAUAGAAAGACUGAAAGUUAUUUGCGAGAGUAAGCUGAGCAAGCUGAUAGAUGUCAACACAGUGGCUUUUACUCUUGAUUUUGCCGAGCGAUACCACUGCCAGCAACUCAAGGAUUGUUGUGUUAGGUAUAUGGUACACAACGGAGAAUGGUGCAGAGCUAUCAUGGAGACCAAAGGUUUCAUGGAACUAAGGGAAAAUCACAAAUCCCUCGCGCGUGAGGUUAUUGACAAAGCUUUUGGUACUUAA